AUGCCCGAGGAGGAUCUGACCCGAUGGGGAAUCUCAGAUGCCAUGCUCUACCUGGUCGGGUUUUGGGCGAUGCCUCCCGUCUCACGCGCAGCCCCAGCGGGGGCCCAGACCUUCAGCCUGAAGCGCUCGGAGCACGUGCGGGUGGAGGUGGUGUGUGACGGGCAGGCCGAGGAGGUGGCCACCAACGGCAAGCAGCGCUGGCCUCUCUCGCCCAGCACCACGCUUCGGCUCAGCAUGAGCCAGGCCAGCACCGAGGCCAGCAGCGACAAGGUCACUGUCAGCUACUAUGAGGAGGAGGGAAACAGCCCCAUCGACCAGGCUGGGCUCUUCCUUACAGCUAUCGAGCUCUCCCUGGAUGUGGACGCAGACCGGGACGGCGUGGUCGAGAAGAACAACCCAAAAAAGGCGUCCUGGACCUGGGGCCCUGAGGGCCAGGGAGCCAUCCUGCUGGUGAACUGUGACCGGGAGGUACCCUGGUUGUCCAAGGAGGACUGCAAGGACAACAAAGUCUACAGCAAGAACGACCUCAAGGACAUGUCACAGAUGAUCCUGCGGACCAAAGGCCCCGACCGCCUCCCCGCAGGAUAUGAGAUCGUCCUCUACAUUUCCAUGGCGGACUCGGACCGAGUGGGCGUGUUCUACGUGGAGAACCCGUUCUUCGGCCAGCGUUACAUCCACAUCCUGGGCCGGCAGAAGCUCUACCACGUGGUCAAGUACACAGGCGGCUCGGCGGAGCUGCUGUUCUUCGUGGAAGGCCUGCGGUUCCCCGACGACGGCUUCCCCGGCCUGGUCUCCAUCCACGUCAGCCUGCUGGAGUAUAUGAGCGAGGAGAUUCCGCUGACACCCAUCUUCACAGACACCGUGGUGUUCCGGAUUGCUCCGUGGAUCAUGACCCCCAACAUCCUGCCUCCCGUGUCCGUGUAUGUGUGCUGCAUGAAGGACAAUUACCUGUUCCUGAAAGAGGUGAAGAACCUGGUCGAGAAAACCAACUGCGAGCUGAAGGUCUGCUUCCAGUACAUAAACCGGGGCGACCGCUGGAUCCAGGAUGAAAUCGAGUUUGGCUACAUCGAGGCCCCCCACAAAGGCUUCCCCGUGGUGCUGGACUCCCCCCGAGACGGAAACCUGAAGGAGUUCCCAGUGAAGCAGCUCCUGGGCCCAGAUUUCGGCUACGUGGCCCGGGAGCCCCUCUUUGAGCCUGUCACCAGCCUCGAUUCCUUUGGGAACCUGGAGGUCAGUCCCCCAGUGACCGUGAAUGGCAAGACAUACCCCCUGGGCCGGAUCCUCAUCGGGAGCAGCUUUCCUCUGUCUGGCGGUCGGAGGAUGACCAAGAUCGUGAGGGAAUUCCUGCAGGCCCAGCAGGUGCAGGCGCCCGUGGAGCUGUACUCAGACUGGCUGACCGUGGGCCACGUGGAUGAGUUCAUGACCUUCAUCCCCAUCCCGGGCACAAAGCAAUUUCGGAUGCUCAUGGCCAGCACCUCGUGCAGCUCAUGGAAAUGCUUGGGCGGGAUGAGCAGCAAGCGAAUCACCAUCAACAAGAUUCUGUCCAAUGAGAGCUUGGUGCAGGAGAACCAGUACUUCCAGCGCUGCCUGGACUGGAACCGUGACAUCCUCAAGAAGGAGCUGGGGCUGACGGAGCAGGACAUCAUCGACCUGCCCGCUCUGUUCAAGAUGGACGAGGACCGCCAGGCCAUAGCCUACUUCCCAAACAUGGUGAACAUGAUUGUGCUCGACAAGGACCUGGGCAUCCCCAAGCCGUUCGGGCCCCAGAUCGAGGAGGUGUGCUGCCUGGAGACGCACGUGCGCUCGCUGCUGGAGCCCCUGGGCCUCUGCUGCACCUUCGUGGACGACAUUUCCGCCUACCACAAGUUCAUGGGGGAGAUCCACUGUGGCACCAACGUCCGCAGGAAGCCCUUCGCCUUCAAGUGGUGGCACAUGGUGCCCUGACCGGCAGCGGGCGCUGUGUGCCGGUCUCAGCCCACCAGGAAGCAGUGUUGCGGCUAGGCUGGCCCUGUGGUUCUCAUGAGGGCAAGAAGCCCCUCAGCCAUAAGCAUCAAGAAACUUGGAAAAAGCAAAACAAAAAAGUGUAUUACUUACAGGACCUAGAAAUUACACAGCACACCUGGGGCCGCACGGCGAGGUCGUGGGGCGAGAGAGCGCACGGGCCUGGGGUUCUGCUUUUACUGGGGUCGAGGGUGGGGCCUAGGGUUUCCGCAGGCUCCCUCUUCAUUGGCAAAUUUAAAACGUAAGAGGGGGAUGUUAAAGCACAGAAGAGGAAAAGCCAGCUGCCCAAAUGGUCAGUUGUCAAAGUCAACCAAGGUCUCUGAGAGAAAGGAGCCUCUAGGACAGCGGUUCUCAACCUUGGCUGCACAUUAGAAUCUCCUGGGAAUCUUUUUAAAAUCCUGA